GUUUUGGCUCUACAUUUGGAAGUUUGAAAGUUCGAAACUCUUUUUACCCAAAAAAAAAAAAAAAGUUUCUCAUCCACUCCCCCCGCUAAACCCUAAAUACUUCGCCGGUGAUGAGACCAAGAGGCGGAGCAACACGAGCUUCGGCAACUGAUCGGGAAUCCCUCCGCCCACCGUCAACACCUCAAUUCGGCGGCGGAGGUGUUCGCCGCGAUUCCGAUGCCAGUGUCUGCAGCGGCCGACCUUCAUCUUCCUCCUUCGGUCUCGCCGCCACCGGCAGACCACCCAAUGACAAACAAGCAAUGCUGCGAUCCAUCAACGCUUACCUCACUUCUCACGGCGUCUCACUUUCUCUCUCCUUCAAACCGCUGCCCUCCGCUAAAGACGUCACCGAAGUGUUGCGGUUUCUCCUCUCUCGCUUCGAGUUCCCCUGCAACAAGAAGAGCCUUGAUGAUGAUCUAUUUCUGCUCCUGAAAUAUCUGAGUUGCCCUUAUAAGAUAAACAAGUCUGCGCUUCGUGCCCCUGCUGCUCCUCACGCGUUUCCACAGAUGCUUGCUGUUAUUCAUUGGCUUGUUCAGCUUGCUUAUUAUGCUGAUCAUAUCGCUUCCGAUGAGAACACCGGCAGGUUUUCAUUUAUGAAGAAUACUCUCAUGGCUUAUUCUGUGAAUAGUUACUUGCCAUAUAUGAGGGGUGAUGAUGAGACUGUUAAGUUAUUGGAUAAUGAAUUUACGGAGAAAAUGGAUAGGCAGAAGGAGUUGUUGGCGGGUAAUUUGAUGUCGUUGGAUGAGGAAGCGCAGAAGUUAGAGUCAGAGCUGGAAGAGUUGAAAUCCAAACCUUCUGAGAGGGAGAAGUACGAGAGUCAGAGCAAGGAUCUUGAAGGUGACUUGAGGAAGUUUGAAGAGUUUAUUGCGAGUGUUCGGGAUGGAAAUUUCAACCUCCAGAAGAAGUUGGAGGAGAAGGAGAAGGAGUUGGCUGCUAAGGAUGAGGAGAUCAAGCGAACCCGAGAUGAGAAUAAGGAGCUUCAAAAGAAGGUUGAUGCCCAAAGGUUUAACUUAAGGGAUGCUGAGAGGAUGAAAAGGGAGCUGCAGGCUGUGGAGAGGGAGAUUAAUGAGGCCGAGGCCAGCAGAAGCUCUUGGGAAGAGAAGUCUUGGGAUCUCCAUGCAGCCAUUACGCAAAAGCUCAAGGAACUUGACGCCCUUUCCGUUGAAUUCAACCAGGCUUUAAGAAGACUAAGGCCUGCAAUCACUAAGCUCGGAGGUGAUUUUCAGUAUGUAAUAAAUCCUAAUGGGUCCACUCCUGCUGAAGUAUUGGGCAUAAACUAUAAAUCUACACUUAAGCCUGCAAUCAUCACAUAUGCUGACGAGAUUAAGAAAAGUGCUACCACAAAGUUGGAAGAGUUUAUUUCCCUACAACAACGAUCUAAAGAAUUGACUACCAGGAUUGAAGCAAAGAGACAACGUCUUGCAGCACUCCAGUUGCAUAUUGAUGAGAGGGAACGAGAGUUUGAAGUAAUGAGGAAUAAAAUCGAGGAAUACACAUCCUGGUGUGCAAGUGAAGUUGAGAGGAUUAAAGGAGCGAUAGAGGCAAAGGAGCAAAAUCUUGAUAUCAUGGAACAAGAAGCAACUGACACCUUGAAGGCUGCCGAACUGAAGCUCCAGGAGGAAACAAGGGAAAGUGAGAAAGAAACGCAACACUGUGCAUAUGAGCUAUUUGCGUUGAUUGAUUUGAUUUCCAAGUGCAAGGAGUACACGGGAAAGCAAAUUUUGGACAUGAAAAAGGAUCUCAUUGAAACUAGAAAGUUUAUAUCUAAUGUUUAUAAGAAGACUUUGCUUACCGGCUUCAACGUUGAUGCUUGAGCCAAACUAUAGAGUGCUGGUGUUACUUGAUUGCAUCUUCAGGGAGCUUCUGAAUAUUAAUUAGUUGUAACAUCUGUAAAUUAGUCUCUUAUUUUUAAGACUAGAUUUUAACCCGUGCGAUGCACGGAUUCUAUUAAAUUGUUAUUUUUAAAUAAAACUCAUAUGUAUAUACCAAUUUUAUAUUAUUUGUGUUAGAUUAGAUUAGUUUUUUAUUUUGCAUUGAAUUUCAUUUUAGAUUUUUUUUAUAUAAUUAUGAGUAUUUGUUUUUGGA